AUAAACUAGAAGCUGUUGGUCGGGCCCGCGGAAAUGGGCGAGCAUAAUCUCCUUAAUCCAGGGUUUGUGGGACCUUUGGUAAACAUCCACACUGGAGACACAUUUUACUUUCCGAAUUUUAGAGCCUCAGGGGGACAACUGGCGGGGCUACCGUCUCUCUCCUACCCGAGAAGGGACAAUGUUUGCUCCCUUCCGUGGAAUCCUUCGGAGCCGUGCAAUGGAUACUCUCAAUCCUACUUUAGCAGCCCCGUGUCUAUUAACCCUUCUUUCAAUCGGUCGUGUGAAAUCACCAGACCAGAAGAGGGUAAAUGUUAUUAUAACAACGGCAACGGGAACAGGGAGACCUGUUCAGGUGGCAGCAGCCUCAAACGAGAGGAUAGGGUGAGAGACACAUCAUCCCUAACAUCUGACCACGGGAUGCACAGUGGAAUUGGCAGCACUGCCGCCUUUUCCAAAUAUGAUUAUGGGACCGAGCAGCUAACGCAAGACCCGCCAUCCUGUCAGUCAAUGGAGUCCGACUCCAGCUCCUCUCUGCUCAACGAGGGCAGCAAGCCUUCAUCCAGCGACACACAGACCCUGGUGUCACCGGGAAGCCAUUCAAGCAACAUAGCCGCAGGCGGAGGUGCCCCGUGGUACCCGAUGCACACUCGGACCAGAAAGAAGCGCAAACCAUAUUCCAAACUUCAGCUGGCUGAGCUAGAAGGUGAAUUCAUGCUAAAUGAGUUCAUUACCAGGCAGCGGCGGAGGGAGCUCUCCGACCGUCUGAACCUCAGCGACCAACAAGUCAAGAUCUGGUUCCAGAACCGCAGGAUGAAGAAGAAGAGACUCAUGCUGAGGGAGCAAGCUUUGGCCUACUUUUAGAGAUGCGGCAGAAGGUGAAUCGAUAGGCAGUAAAAGCCAAGCCUUCUAUGCUCCCUUAGGUCUUCUUUCAGUGCAUGCACUCAUCUAUCCAUCUUUUACAUCGCAGGCAAUUAUUACAACAUUUUCUGAUAUUUUUUUUUCUCAAAGGUGCGGGCUGAACAAGCCCAAAACAAGCCAUUGUGUGGCAUUCAAAGCUAUUCUCAGUGAGACUGCCUUCAUGUUUGGUAUAAUCGCACAAAAAGCUGUGAGAAUGUGUUUUCUGUGCAAGAUGCAUCUCUUGGUUUUCAUGACCUGUCAAGAGAUUUGUCUUCACCCUAAUUGUAAGCCAUGCGAAAUGUGCAACCCAGUAUCACGCCAAAGCGUGUAGGUUGAAAUGUGUCUUGCUUGUGUCUUGCCAUGACACAAAAUGACAACAUCCAGUUAGUUCCCUUUUUAGUCAGAGAAAAUAAGGAGGGAGCGGGACCACUUUGUAAAAAUCUCAAAAUAGGCCUAAGAAAUACCAGUGAAGCUCUAAAGACACAGAAGCCUGAUAGACAGGCUGGUGCCGCAUCCGCGCAAUAAUUUCUCUGAGGUUAUGAACUGAUGAAGUAGAAUCUCCCUCACGGUUGCUUAAUAGUUCCACAGACACAGUUUGUUGGGUCAGAGGAGCAUCAUCCUUAUCUCCUUUCCAUAGUUUUCGCCACGCGUUGUGGACACGUUCACGGUCACGGGCAGGAAGUCUGGGGGUCUGCAUGGGGAGAGGGAGGACUACAAGCGCUACGUAAUCCAUAUCGAUAUCUAAAAAUUAAUUGUCACGACUUUGUUCAUGUGCUAACAAGUUUCUAAAGGUAGCCUAUUUUUCUUACUUUUAUUACCUUUCAACUUGUCUUAACAACAACCACGGAAUCCUGCAUGGGUUGCAUUUCUUUAUUUGACUGAGAUCACCGUUUGAAUACGGGUUUGAGCUGCUAUUAAAAGUCCACGUCCAGAUUGUGAAAAAAAUAGUAUAUUCUACAAUAAACUCGCUAGGAUCUGUAAUGGAAAUAUUCAACAGUAUAUGUACAAUUUUAGGCCCACUUGGUUAAACAAGGAAAGCGCCAAAAGUUGCACCUGGGAGGGGAGGGGGAUAAGUUUUUAGGCCUAAAAGAGCAAUUCUGAAACUUGGUGCUCAUAAUGAAAAAUAAAUAUGUAGAAAUUUAGAACAUUUCAUAAUAGGCCUACAUGUGUGCUCCCUUAAUUCGGGACGAAUGCAGUGCAUUAUCUGUAAUGUAUAAUGAGUAAGCUAUAGCAGUGAAAUGUAUUUGCAGCAUGUUAUUGAUGUGAAAUAGCUAUAAGUCAUGUUCUGCGGGCCACUUUUUCUCUAGGUGACUUUUUUAUACUUUUCUUUUUGAACAAAUCAAAAGCGAACAAAACCUAAAACAUUUUUGACACAAACUCCUACAAAGAAUGUAUUAUUAUUAUUAUUAUUAUUAUUAUUAUUAUUAUUAUGGUGAAAGGACAAGGGGCCUAUAGGCCUACUUAAUGUACUUGCUCCUUGCAAUGUGCUCAGUGUCAUCCCUUUCCUUACCUUGUACUCGUGUAUAACUUUGUAAAAUGAAAUUACACAUGUUACUAUUUGCAUCCUAUUUUAGGAUCCCUUAUCGAUAUAUAAUGGUGCUUUAUGUUAUUGAUCGUCUUGUACAAUAUCGCAUUCCACAGCCUAUUUGUGGUUGUUAGGGUUCGAAAUGUAGGCCUAUUAUAUACGAUAUGAUACUGCCAAGAAUGGAUAUAUUAAAUGGUAUGCAAGAAAUUUGAGCAUACAUGACAUUUAAAAGAAACCCUGUUUCUGUGUAGUCGUUGUUUGUUAUCGUUCUUUCAUUUCGUCCCUCACUGCAUUCCCUUCUUUGCGCUUGUAAGGAUUGCUACGUUGUCUUGUAAAAGUAAUAAUGAUAUGAAUGUAUAUGCGUAAGGUCUUCAAUAAACAGAAUAUUGAAAUGUU